AUGGGUGAUAUCAGUGUUGUGAGUGCAUCUGCAGGUGACGAUAGGCGAGCUAAGAGUGUCCGCGAGUUUUACCAAAACUCAACGAUCCUGCUAACCGGUGGAACAGGAUUUAUUGGUAAAGUGUUGCUGGAAAAACUGUUGCGAUGUUUCGAGGUGAAAACGGUGUUCCUGCUGAUACGGCAAAAGCGUGACAAGACGGUGGACGAACGACUUCGGGAGGUGUUUGAAGAUGUGAUAUUCGACUCCAUCAAAUCAUCACCGCAAGGUGGUAAGUCUCAUUUAUCGAAAGUGAUCCCCAUCGAGGGGAAUUUCCAGUCGGAAGUGGUUAUAUCAACAGAAGAUUACCAUCGAUUACUAGCAGCACAAGUGGAGGUUGUAUUUAACGUGAUGGCCUCGAUAAAAUUCAACGAAGACAUCGAAACGGCUAUCGAUACGAAUGUGCUAUCGUCGCGCAAGUUGUUCCUGCUCGCUCAGCAACUUCCCCACAUCCAAACGAUCGUGCACGUAUCGACGUUUUACUCCAACUGUCACCGAUCACACAUUGAGGAACGCAUUUACGAGGACUUACCGUUCGGUGGGUUCGAAAACAUUCUCGGCCUCUUUCGCCACCUAACGCCGGAAGAGAAGGACCGCUUGAAGCCAAUCAUUCUUGGUCCAAUGCCGAACAGCUACACGUUCAGCAAGCGCUGUGCUGAGGUGAUGAUUCAGCAGCAGUUUGCUCAGUUACCGAUCGCCAUCUUUAGACCACCGAUAGUAACGUCGGCCUAUCGGGAACCCACGCCCGGGUGGGUGAACAAUUUCAAUGGACCGGCGGGCAUGGUGGUACCGGUUAUACGUGGCCAGGUGUAUUGGUGUUACGGGGCAGAUGAUGCUACAGUUCACAUGGUUCCAGUUGACUACUGUGUCAACGCACUACUGACCGUUGGAUGGGACAAUAGUCAACGGAAGCGAACACUUCUGCCUACAAUGCGUGAGAUUGUCCCGGUGUACAACUACGCUUUCCGACAAAAUGUAUUCCGAAAUCGAGAAGUUGGGGCAUUGCUUGCCCAUGGCAUCGAUUCCCUAUUGGGAAGAAUAUUUGGCCGUUACACCAUCCAUAUCACAUCUUCAACCUUUAUGAGAAGACUGUUCAUCAACUGGUUGCUACUUCAAGCCUGCGUCGCAGACAUUUUCAACAAACUUAUCGGUAAAAAAGCAAAAAAUUAUGAUACAAUCAAGCGAGUGGUAGCUCUGGAAGAAUCCACAAGCUACUUUCGCUGUCACUCAUGGACAGCGGAGAAUGAAAACAUCCGUACACUGUGGGACCGGUUGCCGGCUGACGAUAGACAAUUACUUCCAUUCGACGUCGAAACUCUUGAUUGGAAGGACUAUUUUCGGUUUUUCGUAACGGGUGUUGCCGCCGCGCUGAAGCGACAAUCUACAGCGCGACAACGUAUGCGCGCACAAACGUCUUAA